GUUGACCACUGUCCUCCAUGCCCUCACCACCAAAGCCUUGGGAGAGGGGCGGCGCCGCGGUGACGGCCGCCCCCGCCACGACUACAGCAACGCCUGCGGCGACAACGGCUGCGCCAGGAGCGACCACAGCGCCCUCUACCUCCGCACCCCCCUCGGUCCCCACACGACCCGCCGCAUUCUCCACAGGAACCUCACCCGCGCUGCCGACCACGAAUCCCGCUUUGGCCAGCUCCUUCUCAUCACCUUACUCGUCUGUCUCUCCUUACCGCUACGGCUCCACACUUGGUUCGCCAUAUGGCAUGAAUAGCAUGUAUGGCGGCAUGGGAUACGGAGGCUACGGUGGUUACGGCGGUGGCUAUGGCGGCGGCUACGGCAUGAACAGCAUGUACGGAGGCAUGCCAGGGAUGUACAGCGGGAUGCCAGGCCCAGGAGGUCCCUUCGACCCCAACAACCCCUCUCUCUCCCAAUCACUCGAAUCUACCACCCAGCAUACCUUCGCACUCCUGCACUCCAUCGUUCAGACGUUCACUGGCGUCGCGCAGAUGCUCGAAAGCACGUUCAUGGCCACCCAUUCUUCUUUCUUUGCCAUGGUCGGCGUCGUCGAGCAGUUCGGCCAGCUCCGCAACGCCCUGGGCAGUGUCCUCGGUCUCUUCGGGCUCGUACGAUGGAUGCGCGAACUGCUCACCGGGCGGUCAUCCCCGCAGGGUGCGAUGCGCGGCGAGUUCCGCGACUUCAUCAACGGGCGGCCCGUACAAGGCCCGCAACCACAGGCCCCGAAGGCGAGCAAGAAGCCCCUCAUCAUCUUCCUGCUCGCGAUAUUCGGCGUGCCGUAUGCGAUGCACAAGCUCAUCAAGAUCCUGACGGAGCGGCAGCAGGCGCAGAUGGCGGCGGGACAGAUUCAAGGACCCCUGCCUCCCUUGGACCCGUCGCAGCUCACGUUCGCGAGGGCGCUCUAUCCGUUUGAGGCAAGCUCGCAGGCGGAGCUGUCGCUGAAGGAGAACGAGAUCGUCGCGAUUAUGGGAAAGCUUGACCCUGCCACUGGUGCGGAGGUAGAUCCCAGGAUCGAGGUUGAGGGAAGUGAGUGGUGGAAGGGCAGGACAAGAGAUGGGAGGGAAGGCUGGUUCCCGAAGAAAUGGGUACAGGUGCUCGAGAGGAGGAAACCGAUCGAAAACGGGGAGUCGAAGAAGGUUGAGUGAGCGAGUUCUCUUGACCUCUUUCCCACUUCUUGCAGUACGUUGUGUUGUUCGCGAUAUCUGUCCUCCUUCCUGCUCAGCGUUAGAUUCGCACCCCCGUUCCUUUGACCUUCCCCGUUUAGUGCAGUCGCUUAUUUUGUUUCUCCGUACGCUACAUAAUUCAGGGGACGGACAGCCAGUCUAUCACGGUGUACGAUGUAGUUUACUCCAGGAUGAAUAUCUGAUUUCGACGGAAUUGGAUAUUUUAUGUCGUAUACGCAUUGGUCGACGGC